UGCCUACACCAAGCCUUCCUUUCACAGGGCUCGUGGCAUCGCUGCAGUGACCGCCUCUUGAAAGCUCCGGGAUGACAUCACAUCAAAGCCACGCCCCCACACAUCCAUGGCAACCAUGCAUACACACAGCUGGCAGCAUGAUCUGGGAGUGGGAGCUGACAGACGUGCAGAAGCGGAACUCCUUUGGAUCAUGUCAGGACAGGAACAUUUUCCCCCUUCACUAUGCUCGAGACAGGCUGGGGAACCAUCUGGUGCCCAUCAGAGGAGAGCCCUGGCGGGGGCCAGGCUGUUACAAAAGCGAUGAGAAAAACACCAUGGUGUACUCCUUGACUCGUAAACCUGAGAGCAACAAGGGUUAUGUGAUAGGAGCAAGGACAUCCCUUCGUUUCGCACCAGAUUCCAAGAGCAAGCAUCCCGACCCUGGAGCAUACCAGUCAUCGUGGAGCAAACCCCGAAAGUUUCAGCCUGCGUAUGCCCCCUUUUCUAUCAAGACACCACGAUUCCCAAAGAAGAUCCUGGAUAAAGAACUUUUCCCUGGACCAGGAACUUAUGAAGCAGACAAGCAACCGCACAAGAAAAUCACUUGGCCCAUGAAGUUUGGUUCCCCAGACUGGUCGUUAGUACCAGUGCCAGAGCAGAGGACUUUGAGAACGGAGUUCAUUACAGAUAAAGAAUUCAGGAAACAUCGGAACCGACUGGCCUACCUGAGCUUAUACUACAGCUGAAUAGCUUCUUACUCAGAGCAUCUCCUCCUCACCCUUCCAGUUAAAUCUCGCAAGCCUGUUUUUAGCUCUUCUCCCAUGGACUGUUUCCCUGAAUACAGCAUCAGACUUCUUCCCGAGACACUGGUCAACCUUUCCAUUUGUGCAUCUUCAGGGUUAUUCUGCUUUUUAAAAAUUGCUCCUUGUCAAGUGUA